AUGACUCGAAGUUCACACCCUGUUCAUGCGCACAUAUUGGACUUUGACGACGAUUUCGAACGAACUUUGAGAAGGAAGAGGAAGCAGCCAGAACUCAAUCCCUCUAGUUCUAGUUCCGAACCUGAAUCUGAAGCUGAAACGGACUUUGAAGAGGAACAAGACAUGGCUGUAGACAAUCGAACAAUCAAGGAACUUUCAGCCUCUGGAUUGGACACUGCAAUCCCUCUUUGCAUUCAAUACCCUAGGGCAGCUGUAGGUAAGACCGAUGAGUUUGAAUUGAAGUCGAGUUUGCUACAUCACAUUCCCAAAUACCAUGGGCUGUCCAUGGAAGAUCCAAACAAGCAUUUGAAGGAAUUUGAAGUAGUAUGUUCAAGCAUGACACCCAUUAACGUGGAUGGGAAUAUUUUGAAGAUGAAAGCCUUCCCAUUCUCUCUUAUGGACAAGGCUAAAGAUUGGCUCUAUGAACUAGCACCUGGAACCGUUACUUCUUGGGAAAGUAUGAAGAAAGCAUUCUUAGAGAAAUUCUUCCCAACUUCAAGAGUCAUUCUUUUGAGGAAGAAAAUUAGUGGAAUUCAACAAGGCCCGGGAGAAUCCUUUCCAGGGUACUAUGAGCGUUUUAAGACGUUAGUUGCAUCCUGCCCACAACAUCAAAUGAAGGAAGAGCUUUUAAUUCAAUAUUUCUAUGAAGGACUACUUCCACUGGAGAGACAAAUGCUUGAUGCUUCAGCGGGAGGUGCUUUGGUUGACAAAACACCAGUUGCUGCGAAGAUCUUAAUAGCAAACCGAGCUUUGAAUGCACAACAAUACGAAGGAGUUGGAGGGAGAGAUCAUACACGGCCAAGUCCAGUUAAUGAGGUAAGUGCUAUUUCGGAACUUCAAUCUCAAAUGGCUAAUCUCUCUACUCUUAUUUCGCAGGUUGUUGAAGGAUCCAAAGUGCAAAGUACAGCCACUUGUAGCGUGUGCUCUAUGCAUGGACACCCCACUGAUCAAUGUCCUCAAUUAAUAGAGAAUGGGGGAUGGGAAAGUGCCAAUGCCGUAGGUUAUCAAGGCCAAAAUCAACCUAGGUAUGACCCAUUUUCAAACACCUACAAUCCGGGCUGGAGAGAUCAUCCAAAUUUGAAGUGGAGGGAGCCUCAACAACAACAAGGCGGAUAUAGACAGCCACCUCCAGGGCUCUAUCAAAGGCCGUUCGCACCACCACAACCUCAACCACAAACUGCCCAAUCAAAUUCAGGUUCGCCAUUGGAUAAUGAUCAAAUGCUUAAAGUACUAACUUCUUUGACUCAGGGUUUACAAAAUCAAGCCAAAGAGAUGAGCGAAGUGAAGAAGCAAAUUGGGCAGAUGGCGGAGUUCAUGGGACAGUUUAGAGAAGAAGGCAAACUACCUAGCUCAACCAUUGUCAAUCCAAAGGAGGUUUUGAAACGGCUAAAGCUAUCAUCUUGA